UACGCAAAGUUCUCGCGUGGGUGAAAGAGGCACCAUCAAGAAUAGAAAAAUUGGUAUAAUGUUCCGAAAGGUGUCCAUCUUUCUAAUGCUCCUCCUUCCAAAUGCCAUACUACCAAGAGGUUGUGACAGCAGCACGUCCCUUAUUGAACUUGAAGUUUUAAUAGAAAUUCGUAGCGACUUGAGUACCCUAAACGAACGAAUGAAUUACGUGCAAGAUAAAGUAGAAGAUAUGGAAACGAAUUUAAAAAAUAAACUAACUCAAGUCGACUCAAAAAUAGACAACAAUAUUAAAUCAGUUGCAGGAAAUAUAAAAUCACUACAGACAGAAUAUCAAAAAGUCAAAACCAUUUUAGAAAACAAAUUUAAUAUGCCUGAUUCUGGUACUAACAACGGCAUUAAAGAAGAGUUAACACAAGUGAAACAAUUAAUAAUGGACGAAAUAAAAAAACAGCCAGUAGACGACAGACUCAACGAUAUUAAACAAACAUUACUAAACGUUGAAAAUAAGUUGAUUAAAAAACGCACUCUGGACGACGAGAUUCGUAUCUUUAAGACCCAAUUAAAACAAGACACGGAUAAUUUCACCAUUGAAGUCCAUGGAUGUAAGAGUUUGCCCAGGGACUGCAAAGAUGUUCAAGAAAGAGGUUACAGCGAAUCUGGAAUCUAUCGCAUUCAGCCCAAGCUAUCAAGUGAUUCUUUCUUGGUCUGGUGCGACAUGGUGACUCGAGAUGGUGGAUGGGUUUCAGUUCUAAACAGAGUUGAUGGAACCCAAAACUUUUAUUUAAACUGGACUGACUACAAAAACGGGUUUGGAUCUCUUGCGGGAGAACAUUGGUUAGGUUUGGAUCACUUAUACGAGUUAACGAAUAGCCACAAAAAUGAAUUGUUAUUUGAGUUGGUGGACUGGGACUUGAAGAACGUUUCCGCGUUGUAUGAUGAUUUUAAAAUAGGGAAUGAAUCCACGGGGUAUAUUGUAGAUAGUGUGGGUGACUACAUUGGUGAAGCCGGAGACUCAUUCAAAUAUCAUGUUGGUAAAAAAUUUAGUACUCCGGAUCGAGAUCAAGAUGAAAAUGACGACGCAGAAUCGUGUGCGGUUUAUUUUCAGUCUGGUUGGUGGUUUAGGAAUUGUUACUACACUCUUUUAACCGGAACUUACGUUAAGCCCAAGCCUGGUGUCAAUUAUCAGUACAAAUCUUCAAUCAAGUGGAAUGAUUUUCAUGGUUAUAACUACAGUCUCAAGGCAGCAAAUAUGUUGAUUAGACCAAUAUAUGUUUGAAGAUGUGAUUAUUUGAUUUGUAUGACAACAAUAAAAAUAAAAUUCCUUAAUUAGGUACUUA